AUGGCUCGUACUCCCAAUACCGAACAACGUCCGCUAUCCGCAAAGGCUCGUGGCAAGGCUCCAAUGCGUGAAGAAGAGGAGGAGGAACAGGAACAGGACGAGCUCGACUAUGAGUUGGACGCACGUUCCGAAUCUGCCGGCAGCCGCGCUGGCUCUGUCAAGGCCUCCAAUGCAAAGGCGCCUCUGUUCACCAUGCCUGAGACACGCUAUCCGGCGAAGUUCUUUUUCUACUUCCGGAGAUCAACGAAAGCUUAUAGACAAAAACUGGAGCAAUUGGUCUUGGACAACGGCGCCAUCUUGCCGUUCAACGGACGUACCAAUAAAGAAGUCUGGGAAAGUGAGAAGCCGGACAUCGACAUAUUUGUCUGCGAUUCCGAGGAGCGAUAUGAACGGGCGAAAGAACGAUUCUGCACCUCGAAUAAGACACGAGUGUACAUGGCGAGACAAAUACUCUCCUGGAUCAAUACACGCACCUUCAAUCUAUCCCUUCCCUUGAUCAAGGGUAUGCCAGGUCGUCCACCAGGUAACACGUACCGGACAAACUUCACUUACGCGGACGAAGAACUCUUAUGCAAAUUCAUCGCCCAGUUUUGUCCCAACCCAGAAGACGGUGGUCGUCAAGGCUUAGUUGUUUAUAAUUCGAUGAUGGCCGCUCAUCCCGACUGGCCCGGCGCCCUCCGUCAUACGGCGGAGGCUUGGAGAUCGCACUACAAGACUCAUAGGCAACGGCUUGAUCCGAUUAUCGCGGAGAGGGUCAAGGCAACCCCUCCUCGUGAAGACCGUUUUGGCAUGGACCCUCGUCAGCGCUCUGGUAUAGUUCCUCGGAAGGGGCCGGUAAUCAUCGACAUUCAACAUGAGGCUGAGGAGAGCGAAGAGGAUGCGGAGGAGGAUGCAGAAGGCGGCCUGUUGGACAUGCGCCACAUCUCGCCGGGCGCUUAUGGCGAUGAUUAUGCUCAAGAGUAUCAGGAGGAAAUCGAACUCGAACCAAUUACCCCGGCAAAGCGGCGUCGCUCCACGGAAGGAGAACAAGGGCACCGUGGUAAACGCCGGCGUCAGGAGACUCAAGUGGAGGCUGCGCCAGCGCAGAAGGCCGGUAGUCGUGCUGUGUCAGUUGCUGGUUCGGAUGCGCAGAACCCAAUCAUGUUGGACGACUUUGGUCCUGAACCCGGCCCUUCUCAACGUCCCAAACCCAAGCCAAAGUCAAAGAAGAAAGUUGUUGUCGAACUUCAACGAUCCCGUAUGCGUUCGCCCAAGCGCCAGCCAUCGCUGCCUGCGGAGGGUCUGGGUGCGUCGCAAGCUACGCUUGUCAACUCCCCCGCAAGACGUCGCGAGGGGCCUUCUCAGCGAAGUGAAGAAGAUCUCGCGAACGAGGAGUUCAGGACCGCACCUGAGCAGCCGGAGGUCUUCGAGCCUCCACCUCCCUUGCCGCGGCGCACGUCUUCCCAAGCCUCGCAACGCGCCGGUCGCCCGUCGGAGGAGGCACCCAGUGUUGAACAAUCCCGUCAUGCUCGCCCACUGUCCUCGCCGCGUGAUGAGAGGGACCUCGGAAGCUCUGACGAAGACGACGCCGAGGUAUCGCAGGAUCUAAUGGAAGUCGGGGAAGGAAAUUACGACUGGCUUCCGGCCGUCAUCAACUCUCCCUACAAGGAUACUCAAGAUGAGGACUACGACGACCUGGCUGUGACUGGUGGAGGUGACGAAUACGCGGAAGAAGAGGAUCAGCUCGACGACGAUGAAGCCGCUGCGGAAACUCAAAGCCGGGUAACACACCGAGACACGCCGCCUGUUCUUCGACGAUCGGAUCAGGCCUCGCGUCGUGGUAUUCCCAGUCCUGACGAUGCGCAAACCAUCAACAAGCUCAAAGGGUCUCAGAGGCGCAGCACUGCUAGUUCGCGAGGCACUCGCGCACCUGUAGUCUCGGCAUCGGACGAUGAGGACUCAGACAUCGAAGCCCGAUUGAAGCUCUUAGAUAAUCAUUCGCGCCGGUCAUCUCCCCGAUACCCAAGGCUGUCCAGUCUAUCAGAUCGUAGAUCUCCUCAGCGUCAGUCAAUCCCAAGGCCGUCUUUCCCCCUGCCAAUGGCGGCCCGAACACCCGUUCGCGGCGCGUCUAGACGCUCAGCACCUCUUCUGCGUAACUAUAGUACCACGUCGGAAGAGGUGUAUCCUCUGGAAGGGACGAUUGCAAGGAAGGUACAGGAGGCGCAGAACGCCCAUGAGAUCUUCCCGUCGCCUGGCACGAGGGCCGCUAGCAUCGUUCGCAGGGAAUAA